AUGGAGCGAAUAUUAAAAGUGUACAUUUAUCAAGAGGAGGAAAAACCUAUUUUUCAUCAGCCGCAACUUAGAGGAAUUUACGCAUCAGAAGGAUGGUUCAUGAAGUUAAUGGAAGAAAAUAGGCAGUUUGUAACAAAGGACCCUCAAAAGGCUCACUUGUUUUAUCUUCCAUAUAGUGCACGCCAGUUACAAAUGGCUUUAUAUGUCCCUAAUUCUCAUAAUAUGAAACCCCUCUCAAUCUUUCUACGAGAUUAUGUAAACAUGCUUGCUUCAAAAUAUCCAUUCUGGAAUCGCACUCAUGGAGCGGAUCAUUUUCUUGUUGCCUGUCAUGACUGGAUCAAUUUUGUUUUCCUCUAUGUUUUCUAUAAAAUAUUUUAUGGCUUAUUGUUGUUGAGUAACUUGUUACAGGGACCUUAUACUUUGACAGAGCAUGAAGAACUCACAAAAAACACUAUUAAAGCUUUGUGCAACGCUGAUGUAUCACAAUGGAUUUUUGUUAGUGGAAAAGAUGUUUCAUUGCCAGAAACAAUAAUGCGAAAUCCUAGAAAGUUUCUUAAAGGCCUGGGUGGUAGAAGAGUGUCACAACGCCCAAUUCUUGCCUUCUUUGCUGGAAAUAAUCAUGGUAGGGUGCGUCCGAUACUUAUCAAGAAUUGGAGCGAGAAAGAUAGGGAUAUGAGGAUUUAUGGACCUUUACCUAACAAAGUAUCAAGAGUGAUGUCUUAUUCUCAACACAUGAAAUCAAGCAAGUAUUGCAUUUGUCCCAUGGGAUUUGAAGUCAACAGCCCAAGGAUUGUUGAGGCCAUAUAUUACGAGUGUGUUCCAGUGAUUAUUGCUGACAAUUUUAUCCCACCAUUAAACGACGUUCUCAAUUGGAACGCCUUUUCAGUUAUUGUUGCUGAAAAUGAUAUCCCCAAGUUAAAACAGAUACUCUUAGCAAUCCCUUUGAGACAAUAUCUUAUAAUGCAAACCAACAUCAAGAGAUUGAAGAGGCACUUCCUAUGGAAUGUAAGGCCCAUACGAUAUGAUCUAUUUCAUAUGAUUCUACAUUCAAUCUGGUAUAGCAGGAUCAACCAAAUUCAGAUACCACACCCGUAUUAGUUCUCAUGUUUUGAUUUUCACUGCACUGGAAUUCAUCUCGAUUUAAGAAUGGUAAACUAAGACGUGGUUGAGCUGGAUUGGAGGUGAGUCACUCUUGCAUUUGAGUUUUACAGAUAUGUUGAGAGAUGGACUCUUCAAUCGUUUCAACAGAAAAAAAAAUGUAAUGAAUUUUGAUU